CUGGGCGCCAAAUACUGAGCCGUUUUAAUAGACAGUAAUUUAUAUCAUCGGCGAGCCCGAGUAGUUGGAAACCGCCGGACACAGAUGACGGGGUAAUUAGAAACCGCUGGACAGCGACGACGGGACACCCGCCACGUGAUGGUUAGCGAAGCGAAUCGGACUUAUCCAGCUGCUCCGUUUCUCUCGGGGCGCUUCCCGCCGGGGAUUUCGAAACGCUUCUGCUCCUUGCCGCUCGUGGCGCGAGUGCUGUUUUCCCUCCAUGCUCGGCGAAACGGCGAUCGAGCCGUCCGGCGCCUCUGUGGCACUCGGCGACUCCGCCUGCUCCGAGACGGGGUCGUUGUAGCGGCCCUAGCUUUCUUCCGACUCCCAUCGACAACGCGUCCGUGUGGCAUGCCGGAAAGACCUGGCUCGCGUAGCGACCGACGACGCGCUGUAACGAGCCGACGUCCAAGAAUGUUCGAACAGCUGUGCCGUCGACGUUUUCAGUUCUAGAGUGGUUUCGUCGCGUCGUGCGUGACUUCUCCCAAGUGGUCUGGCUUGUUUUUUUUUUCUUUCCUUCUUUACGGCAACCAGCGAGAUUCAGUGCGUCCUGUGAAGUGAUGUGAAUCCGUGCCUGGGAGUGAGAUCAUCGCCCAAACUUGUGUGUCACCUGGUCACUGGUUCGACGCGUUGGUUAUUUGGUGGAUUAAAUCGAUGGUCAUGCACUCGCUUCCAACUUACCUGUCCUGCCGCUGUCUCGUUGAUGUCUACCGUUUUCACAAAGGUGAAUGGGACCAGUCAUAGUCGUGCCUAUACAAAGGACGCCAGGCUACAGCUCUACUUAAACGAGUAUAAGCGUAUAUCUCGCUUUAGUGAGCACUAUUACAUUUGGAAGCGAGGAUAGCAAGGAUUACUGGAAAACUCAUUUCGUGAGAUCCACCGUUUCCUGAUAAGGCCAUUCUGUUCUUCCUUUCUGCUGACGUCUGUCCUACAGUGGGGUAAACUUGAAUGAGAUAGUGCGGAAUGCAAAAGUUGCAGUGCCCGAAACAUUUCUUGCACUUAUAGUAAAAGAAAAAGUUUCUUACUCUUGAACCAGUUACGAAUCUACUAUCGUCAUUUUAAAAACGCAGCUUUAAAUCGAAUUUUUCAGAACAUAAGGAAUCUGCUUGUUUUGGAAAUAAGCAGUGUAUUCUGGAACUAUUUUAUUGCCCAUCACAAAAUACUUAGUAGGGGAAAUUGACGAGCAAACAGACAGUUGCAGCAAGCCCGUCUGCUUGUGCUAUUUUAAAGCACCUUUUGUUGCUAGUCACUUUCACUUUGUAGGAAAUAAAAAGAAAAGAUAUAGCAAAAACAGUCACGUGCGAUAUGCACAGAUAAUUGUGUUUCUUAGUAUGCCACUAGAAACUCUAUAUCAAAAAACGUCAUUUCUUACGAACCAAAAUUACUAAUUAUUUUAUAACCUUGCCCAAGUUCAGCAGGUUGCUCAGACAGCUUUUCAAAGCGGUACGUGAAUUGAAUAUGCGUGCGGAGGAUACGUCAUAAGUUGUUGUUUUAUCGCUGACGUCCGGAGAGUCUUAGGAAUUUAAUCAGCUGGACAGAACGGGACGCAGGAUGGUAUCUGUUGUGGCAGACAGAACGCUUUAAAACAGAGUGCGUGGCCACCAUUGUGUCGGAACGUUUGUACAGUUGGUAACGAUAGCGCGAAUAACCAUUGACACCAGUCACGUGAACUAACUUCUUGGUUCGUGAACAUCGGACCUAAGUUGCGUGUUUUGUCAUUUCACCUGCUCCUCUGUGAGCACGUGUUCUCUAAACCGAAGCCGCCAUACGAGGCUCAUGACGAGAGACGCACGUCGUCGCCACCACCGGCAAUCAACUCAAACUGAGCAUGCUUGAAAACGAUGAAAUAAGGAGAAUCAAGAAGUCGUCAUCACUGGCAUAAGGAAUUACUGCGAUUCUAUUGAAGUCUAUCGUAUUUGCUGAAUGUACUUCAGCCCUUCAGAAUGAGCACAGAGGCGGAGCCACAAGCGGAUACCCCGUUUAUUGACAAAGGUGGUGUCCUCGACAGCGACGACAACGGCGCGAGUGUCAACGGCAACCACCGACGAUCUAGCGGAACAAGCAACAACAACAAUCACGCGCCCGUGAUCAGCAUCGACCCCGGAGUCGAGUCGGGUCUGCUCCUCCGGGUCCCGGACCUUCCGUUCCCUCGGGGUGCCUCGUCGUCCGAGUCUCUCAGCACGGCUCCCAACCAAUUCCUCAAGCUGCCGGUCUCCGGCGAGCACCGGCGGCACUCGAUGCAGGACUGCAGCAACCACCACGGCCACCACCACCGACACCGGCACCGCGACCGCAAGCGCUCGUGCCCCGAUGUUCGGGGCGAGGCCUCGGGGGACCGGCGUCGCCGGGGCAGCCGCAGUCCUCUGGCCCCUCACGGCCUGGCGGUGGCGGGCGGGGCAGAGUCAACGAGUGUGACCCCUUCGUCGUCGCGUCGCUCUAGCGCCAGCAGCCUGAGUCGCCGCUCGUCCCGGGACAGCGAGAGCUGCACGCACAGCCGCCGCUCGUCCCGGGCUGACGACGGAAGCCGCAGGUCCUCCAAGGGCGACGACAGUCGUCGCUCGUCGCGCGCCACCGACGACACAACCGGAGGCGGGCACAGCAGUCGACGCUCGUCGCGAAGCGUCGGCGACGACGAGCGGCGCUCCUCGGACGACAGGCACCACCACCACCACCGCUCGCACCACCCUCACCGGCGGGAGUCGUCGCUGGUCGGGACGGAAGCGGGUCACAGAAAGGGCAGCUCGCUGCUACCGCCGGACGCGGACAACGGCAGCCGCAGGGCGUCGAAGGUGCCGGCACUUUUGGUCACCGACGAGGAGACCGGCCAGCAGCGCAAACCGGACGACGAACUCGACUCGCCCAAGCGCCGGAUUAUCAUAUUGGUUAUCAGUUCUGUGGCGUGCUUCAUCCUGCUCAUGAGUGUUGUGCUCAUCGCCGUCACCCUCACCAUCUCGCCGGCCAUCGACAGCAUAGCUUCUUCCGCAUCACGUCGUCGUCUGCGGUCUACUUCCGGAAGAUAAGAGACGAAAAUCGGCAGCCCUACCGUGGUCUGCAAGGCAACAAACGAAGGCGAUGCUCGUUUCCGGUUUUGUUCCCUUGCGAACACCACAUAUGAGACAGGGUGUUUGCUUACGAUACUUUGGACUAAGCCUGGCUGCGAAAGCUCCAUCGCCGAAGCUUUCAUGGUUGCUCUGAUAUCGGCUAAGCGAAAACAUUUAUAGAACUCGUUUAUUCCCAUCUCAACAUUAUCUGUUGCUUUUUUUCUGUGCAGUGACAAGAACUCUCAAUUGCGCGCAAUUUCACGUUUCCUGCCCGGUAUCGAUAUGUUUGCAAAGCAAUCGGUUAUUUUCAUUUUUUAGUUUCGAAGUUUGUUGAGAUAGCAGCAAAGAGAAAUUUUCUUGGUAGGAAAACUAUGGUCGAUGCGAUGGUCUGACUUCUGAAAAUUGAGCCAGUGAUACUUCUUUUUAAUUGGUGCCUGCGCGUUAGCGGAAACAUGCAAAUUUUAUGAGGUACAGUAAUAAAAGCAAACAAAUUCGGCAUUGUGAUUGCCAACAGCAGUAAUUUCUCUUAAUAACCUACGAUACGCAGCAUAAUGUGUAAUCAUUGAGAACAAUAAAACAACAUAAUUACAAGGUCCUAUGUGAUUUUUCAUGUACGGCAGGUUGAAAAUCGCGGACGUAUUGAACUCCGCUUACUUGAUGCACAUCGGCCAUUUGCCGAGCCGUGGGGUCGAUAAGCAUCGGAGGCUGUUCACCGUA